AUGAGCGACAAGAUCAGUUCUUGGAACGUUGUCCACACGCUCGAGAAGCGCCAGCUUCUCAUUGCUAUCAAUUGUGCGGCAGCGCUCUCAAUUCUCAUGUUCGGCUAUGACCAGGGCCUUAUGGGCGGUGUCAACACCUCCAAGGACUACAUCGAUCUUAUGGGCUUUGGCUACACGGAGUACGUCGACGGGACUCUGACGCCAGUUGUCACCAACAGUCUUUUGCAAGGUGGUAUUGUAGCGGUUUACUACCUAGGCACGCUUUUCGGUGCAUUCUUUGGAGGGUGGGUAGGGGACCGAAUCGGCCGUAUCAGGACUAUUGCUCUAGGGACUAUAUGGGGGAUUAUUGGGGCGUGUUUGCAAACAUCUGCUCAGAAUCAUGAUUGGAUGAUAUGCGCUCGAACAAUUAAUGGAUUUGGAACUGGUAUUCUCAAUGCAAUUAUCCCGGUGUGGGCAACAGAGACAAGUGAACACACAUCUCGCGGACAGUUUAUUGCUAUUGAGUUCACCUUGAAUAUUUUUGGUGUGGCACUUGCAUACUGGAUUGAAUUUGGUUUAUCAUUCAUUGACGGAGGAAAGUCUGCCAUUAGAUGGCGCCUCCCUGUAGCCAUUCAAAUUAUAUUCCUCAUAAUCUUGCUUGCUAUAAUAUGGUUCUUCCCAGAAUCACCUCGCUGGCUCGUCAAAGUUGGAAGGGAAGAUGAAGCGCGCUACAUCCUCAGUCGUUUGCGUGGCAAUGAUUCACCCGAAGAUCGCGCCAGAGCAGAUUCGGAAUUCCGCGAUAUCUUGAAUAUUGCCGAAUUGGAGAAAUCAAUCACACAUGACCAUUCAUAUCUAGCAAUGCUGUUUGGCUACAAGUCCGGAAAAUUGCAUCUUGGGCGCCGAGUGCAACUAGUUGUUUGGCUGCAGAUUAUGCAAGAAUGGACUGGUAUUGCUGGAGUCACGGUUUAUGCGCCGACUAUUUUUUCGAUUGCUGGCUAUAAUUCGGAAAAGAGUGGAUGGAUAAGUGGUUUGAACGACACCUUAUAUACGCUCAGCACUCUAGUCUGCGUGUUCACAUUGGAUCGUAUCGGCCGGAGAUGGACGCUUUAUUGGGGUUCUAUCGUGCAAGCCAUUACCAUGUUCCUAGCAGGCGGGUUUUCUCGACUUGCCAUUAACGCAUCGGCGGCAGCAGACGCAGCCAAAGCAUCGCAAUAUGGAGCAGCUGCAGCCUCCAUGAUAUUUGUAUUUACCGCGGCAUUUGGUGCGACCUGGCUGACAGUGCCUUGGCUCUAUCCGGCCGAGAUCUUCCCACUGGCAGUGCGAGCUCGUGGGAAUGCCUGGGGCGUUGUGGGAUGGAGUAUUGGCAAUGGCUGGCUGAUGCUUGUUUGUCCUAUCAUGUUCAACUCCAUUGGGGAAAAAACUUUCUACAUCUUUGCAGUUUGCAACAUCAUAACCAUCCCCAUGGUUUGGGCCCUGUAUCCCGAGAGUAAUCAACGCACGCUGGAAGAUAUGGACCUACUUUUCGCGGCGGACACGCCUUGGAAUUGGGAUGCUGAACGCACGUUUGCUCGUCUCAAGGAAGAAAACCCAGACUUUAUUCCAAGUUCCAGCCGCAAGCAGAGCCUGACUGACCCAGAGGCGGUCAAGGCUUUGCACGAAGAGAACUCUUCGGAUUCAUAA